AUGAAUGUCGCAAUUUUGGUAUUGUCCUGCCUGAUGGCCGCCUUGGCCGCCGCCCCUCAGUUCACUCGACCCAACUUUCCGGAUCGACCUUUCGUCGCCAUCCUGAGGGACGAGCGACAGAAUCUGGGUGACGGAACCUUCAGCUACGUCUUCGUCUUCGGAAUCCGCGAGUCCCGCGUGGGCUACCCCGGAUCUAAGGGCCAGACCAACAUGCAGGGAUCCUACAGGUAA